AUGAGCUGUUUAUCUGAAACUGUGAAGAAAAUGUUGGCCGUGACUUUCUGUUUGUGCUUUUGGAGUCUGUUUGGUGUGUUUGGUGUUGAGACAGAUGUUUCAGUGUCAGUGAUGGAGGGAGAUUCGGUCACUCUAAAGAAUGAUGAUACUCAAAUACUGAGAGAUGAUCUGAUCAUGUGGAAGUUUGGACAAAUCCUCAUUGCUGAAAUCAACAGAAAUAAUAAGAUCAAGUUAUUUGAGAAGGCUGCUGAUGGGAGAUACAGAGGCAGAAUACAGCUGGAUAAUCAGACUGGAUCUCUCAUCAUCACAAACAUCAGAACUACAGACUCUGGACAAUAUAAAUUAACCACCACCAGCAAAGAGACCCGACUGAAAAUAUUCACUCUUACUGUCUAUGCUCUUCUGCCGGUUCCUGUCAUCACUUCGGACUUUUCACUGAAUUCUUCAUCAUCUGAAAGUUCAUCUAAAUGUGUGUUGGUGUGUUCAGUGGUGAAUGUGACACAGGCGACUCUCUCCUGGUACAAAGGAAACAGUUUAUUGUCCUCCAUCAGUGUGUCUGAUCUCAACAGAAGUCUCUCUCUACAUCUGGAGUGUGUCGAUGAUUCUUACAGCUGUGUGAUCAACAAUCCCAUCAGAAAUCAGACUAAACAUCUCAACAUUAAUGAAGUCUGUCAGCCGUGUUCAGGUACAUCAGCGCUAAUAUUAAUGUUUAUAUACUGAGCUGAUAUCUGUUGGUCAUAAUUAUGUACUAUAUGUCUGUAGUGAUAUUAAAGCACAUUUGACAAUUA